AUGAGGAUUCAAGUUCUUUGGAUUCUCGGGUUACUGUACCUCGGGCACUGUGGAAGGCCAGCUGAGUAUCUGAAAGUUUUUUCAAAAUUCGAUCUCCUGUUUCGAGAGCUCUCAGCUAUUGCUCGUGUCGUCAACGCUAUUUCCCUUCAAGCAUCAGUCAUUCGAAAAACAUUUCGACCAUAUGAAAUUCUUGGAGAAUCGCUGAAAGCGAAUCCAUCAGCAUUAAAUGAAAUUCUGGCUACGGACGUUUCUGGUUACAACGUCUCCGUGGAUUCGUUAUUCGAAUCGUUGGCUGAAAUUCAGGAUCGGACUGAAAAAUAUUUGUUGGAAUUGAGAAAUGCUAGCCAGAUGACAGAGAAGAUAAUGGAGGGAAUGAAUAUUAAAUUGAAGAAAAAUGAUCCAGUUUUGGAAGAGUAUUUUGAGACAAAUCUGGAAUCCUACAAAAAUGAUACGGACAAAAUGUACACACUGUUUACGGAAGAAGAAUUCAUUCAUUUUAUGCUUAAGCGAAUGAUCAAUGUGGAUAAAAGUGAAAAUCCGAUUUCGGUGUUGGUGGAUGGAGAGGAUUAG